AUUUAUUGUGGCUCUUCUCUAAAAGUGUCUGCAACCAUGGCGUGUAUGAAACGCAAGCAUCUAGAGGAGUACUUGGAAAGCAUUGAGGUGUUUGAGAACCCUAAAGUGGAGCUGGAACAAUACCCAACAAAGCCACAUAUUGCGUCCCACAUGCUGUACACCAUGCAAGCAUCUUAUGGAGAUGUGCAAGGCAAAUUGGUAGCAGAUUUGGGAUGUGGCUGUGGGGCGCUCUCACUUGGAGCGGCAAUGCUUGGUGCUGGCACUGUUGUUGGCUAUGAUGUGGACCCUGAUGCCUUGGAAAUAUGGAGAGCUAACUGUGACGAAAUGGAGAUUGAUACAUGUGAAGCUGUGCUGUGUGAUCUGACACAGGGAUUCCCUUCGUAUUUAAGUCACAAGCAGUUUGACACCGUCAUAAUGAAUCCUCCUUUCGGCACCAAACGGAAAGGAGUCGACAUGGAAUUUCUUCAAAUGGCUCUACACCUCGCUAAUGGUGCAGUGUAUUCACUACACAAGACGUCGACUCGCGACCACGUUUUGGCAAGGGCUGAAAAGUGGGGUGCUAAAGGUGAAGUUCUUGCUGAGCUGAGAUAUGACUUACCAGCAUCAUAUAGGUUCCAUAAAAAGCAGUCUGUGGACAUAGAAGUGGACUUUAUUAGGUUUUCUUUCCCUAAAGCUAAAUGCUCCAAAGGAAAAAGCUGAGAUAUUUGAGGCGCACAGUUGUGAAAUAUUUUGUUGGCUUCAGUGUUGUUAACUAAAUGGAAGGUGUGAUUUUUAAGUGUAAUUUAAGUACAAAUAAUGGAUGAAAUAAAAUAAUUGGCUGACUGUUA